GACGCGGGCUUCGCCCUCUACGUGGCCGACCCCUUCGAUCGGGAGCUCAAUCCGCAGGGCAUCCUGAAUUUGGGCACAAGUGAGAACAAGCUGUGCUUUGACUUGAUAGAGGAGAGACUGACAAGACCUGACAUGAAUUAUCUGGAGCCUGAUCUUUUCCAGUAUUCUGAUACACAAGGUACUAAAAGCUUCAGAGAAGAAAUUGCCAAAUUUCUGACUGACUAUGCCAGAGCUGCAAAAGCACUGAACCCGGAACAUAUAACGGUUAUGAAUGGCUGUUGUGCUGUUUUUGCUACUCUGUCAACUGUAUUGUGUGACCCUGAUGAUGGCUAUCUUAUUCCAGCUCCAUACUAUGGUGGUAUAAAUUCGAAAACAUGGCUAUAUGGUGGAAUACAGCCUGUUCAUGUGCCCUUGUUCAGUGAGGUGACUGUUGAAGAAAGUCACCCUUUCCUGUUAACAGUUGAAAAAUUAGAAGAUGCAUUACAGAGAGCUAAAAAGCAGGGCAUCCGAGUCAGAGCACUGAUCCUGAUCAACCCCCACAACCCCUUAGGACACAUUUACCCAGCGCAGUUACUGGAAGAAUGUCUGGAGUUUGCACACAGAAAUGAAUUGCAUGUAAUGAUGGAUGAAAUAUACAUGCUGUCUGUUUAUGACGAUACCACCUUCACCAGUGUUCUUAGCUUAGACUGUUUACCAGAUCCAGAACGGACACAUUUUAUAUGGGGUUUUAGCAAGGAUUUUGGGAUGAGUGGUAUCAGGGUUGGAGUACUGUACACCAGAAAUGAUGACAUUCGGAAAGCUGUGAAUCAACUGGCCGUCUUCCAUAGCUGUCCUGGACCCGUUCAGCACGUUCUCAGCCAAUUCCUUAGGGACAGAGAUUGGUUGGAUAAUGUGUUUUUUCCCACCAACAAAAAACGACUUAAAGAAGCACAGAAUAUUCUUGUGGAUGGGCUUGCAGAUGUUGGAAUACCUGUGCUCCAAAGUUCAGGAGGACUCUAUGUGUGGGCAGACUUCAGAAAAUUCUUAAAAUCACAGACGUUUGAAGCUGAACUUGAAUUAUGGCAGAAGCUCCUUGAUAAAAAACUCCUGAUUAGUCCUGGAAAAGCUUUUUAUUGUUAUGAACCUGGAUGGUUUAGACUGGUUUUCUCCGAUUCUGUAGAUAAGAUUUACUUGUGUGUUCAGAGACUUGAGCAAACGUUGCACAGUUACACUGCUGACCCAGUCACAAACAACACAUCUUCUACUGCAGAUGCUUUAUGCAAUCCAAAAAAGGAUUCUUCAGGAAAACCUUCAAACACAGCAGGAGAAGAUGUCUCCCAGCUGAAAAAAAUCCUCGUUUAUUAA